AUGACCACCAGAUAUCGUGUUGAAUAUGCCCUCAAGUCUCACCGUCGAGAUCAGUUCAUAGAAUGGAUCAAGGGUCUGCUGGCAGUUCCGUUUGUCCUGUAUUCGCAACCGCAAGGUGUUUUCGAUGGCCAGAGCCUUAGCAGCCUGUCACAAGCUCGGGAAGAAGCCCACCGGCGGUACAGCGAGAUUCUUCGAGACGUCGAGGGUAUGAUUGAUGAACACAUUGCUCACCAGAACGACCCGGCCAACCCAUUUCCUUCCAAGCUCAAGCUCUUAGUGCCGAGCAUCGGACCUUUCUUUACACGUCUUCCCCUAGAAGCUGCAUUCAAGUUUCAAGACAACAAGCGCUACAUCUCAUCUCGACGUUUCGUUUCUCCCUCCUUCAACGAUGUUCGUUUAAUCCUCAACUCAGCCCAAAUCAUGGCGGUCACAACCUAUGGGACGCUGCAGCUUGCCACAUUUGAUGGAGAUGUGACUCUGUAUGACGAUGGGAAGAGCCUGGAGCCAGAUAGUCCGGUGAUUCCCAGACUGAUUGAUCUUCUGCGUAAGAACGUCAAGAUCGGGAUUGUUACUGCUGCGGGAUACACUACAGCCGACAAGUACUACACACGUUUGCAUGGCUUGCUAGAUGCGCUCGCCAACAAUGCGGAGCUCACGCCAGCCCAAAAACAGUCUCUCAUUAUCAUGGGCGGAGAAGCAAAUUAUCUCUUUGCCUUUUCCCCGUCGUCUCCGCACUUGUUGGAGCCCAUCCCACGGGAACGCUGGCUGACGCCUGAGAUGGCUUCUUGGGACGAGCGCGAUAUCUCAGAGCUGCUUGAUGUUGCUGAAGAAGCGCUACGUGAAUGCAUCAAAACACUCAACUUACCGGCAACCCUGAUGCGCAAAGACCGUGCAGUGGGUAUCGUGCCCAACCCGCCCGAGACUCGAAUCCCACGCGAAUCCCUUGAAGAGACAGUGUUGGUGGUGCAGAAAAUCUUGGAGCUGAGCAGCGCGGGCAGGAAGAAGAAGGUCCCAUUCUGUGCUUUCAACGGUGGUAGAGAUGUCUUCGUCGACAUCGGGGAUAAAAGUUGGGGAGUGAAAGUUUGCCAAAGAUGGUUCGGAACCGAUCUACCGGGAGGAAUGAUCAAGGGAGAGAACACUCUUCAUGUGGGGGACCAGUUCUUGAGCGCCGGCGCAAACGAUUUCCGGGCUCGGAGUGUUGGCACCACAGCAUGGAUUGCGAGUCCAGCAGAGACGGUUGAAUUGCUCGACGAACUGGCCGAGCUGAUGGAGAAAAAGAUGAGCUGA